UGCAGUAGUCGGCAAAGAAAGUGACCACAGCUGAAGCCUGUCCAGCCCUGCGCGCGGCGGCACUGCGACCAAACCGACUCAUUUAUCUCUACGUCUGUUUACAACCGGGAAAAGCACCGAGCGGGUCCGCGUCACGGCUCCAUCUGCGGCCGAACACACGGAGGAAUCAUCGCUGCGUUUUUUGGACACUUCCAUUGCGCACAGCGGAUCUAUGAAGGAGCGGGCAGGUUUCUCACUCUCAGCACCAGACACAGGGAACAGGGAGUGACACCCCCCCACCCCCCCGCCUGCAGCCCCCAUGCCGGGCAUCAGCUCCACCGCGCCUCGUUAUGAAAACUGGGACAUGGACCACCUCGACCACUACCAACAUUAUUUCUACGACGACCACCACGACCCGGACGAGGAUUUCUUCAAGUCCACCGCACCCAGUGAGGACAUAUGGAAGAAAUUCGAGCUGGUGCCGACCCCGCCCAUGUCCCCCAUCCGGGCGGUAGAGGGGUCUGCCAAGGUCGGGCUGCUGUGCCCGUCUCUGGGGGACAAGCUGGAGUGGGUGUCUCAGUUCUUGGGGCAGGAGGACGAGCAGCAGCAGCAGCAGCAGCAGGACCUGCCCUGCAAGCUGACCACCACCAAUGACUCCUUCGGGAACCUGAGCUCCAUCAUCAUCCAGGACUGCAUGUGGAGCGGCUUCUCUGCGGGACAGCAGCUGGAGAGAGUUGUUGGGGAGCGCUGCGCCUCCUGUCCCGGGACGGGGGCCGCGGCCAAGGUGGCAGCCGGCUCUGCGGUUCCAUCCCCGGGGAGGGUGCAGUGCGCCCCCGUCGACGCGUCGGCCCUCAGCGGCCUGGCGGCGGACUGUGUGGACCCUGCUGCCGUGCUCACUUUCCCGUUAACCGGCGGAUGCAAGAAACAAGUGUCGUCUGGUUCCGAGUCUCACACCGACUCCUCAGAUGACGAAGAUGACAAAGAUGAGGACGAAGAGGAGAUUGACGUGGUGACGGUGGAGCACAAGCAGCAGCGCAAACCUCGACGACUGGUAAACACUCGCAAGCCGGUGACCAUAACGGUGCGAGCGGACCCCCUGGACCCCGGCAUGAAGCGUUUCCACAUCUCCAUCCACCAACAGCAGCACAACUACGCUGCCCCCUCGCCGGACACGCUCCCUGCGCCGCCUGAGCCGCCUCGGAAGAGGGUCCGUCAGGAGGCGUCCUCUCAGGCGAGCCAGCCGCACCAGAACUCCCAUUACCAGCAGCCGCGGCCCGGCCACGCCCCUCUGAACUUAGACAGCAGGAAGUGUCCUGUGACCGUGGCCAGGUCAGAGUCACCUAACCUCAGCGCCUGCUCUCCUACCUCCUCCACAUCGCCUUCGUCUCCCCCCUCCUCCUCUUCCUCCUCGACCUCCCAUCCCCACAGCUCCCCCUCGAAGCCUCACUCCUUCUGCCAGCUCUCCAGCCCCCAGUCCUCCGACUGCGAGGACACAGACAAACGCAAGGCGCACAACUUCCUGGAGCGCAAGCGGAGGAACGACCUGCGCUCACGUUUCCUCUCGCUGCGGGACGAGAUCCCGGGCUUAGCGGACUGCCCCAAGACGCCGAAGGUGGCGAUCCUGACGCGAGCCACUGAGUACCUGCAGCAGCUGCACGUCAGCGAGAGGCAGAAGGCUCAGGAGAGGAAGCAGCUGAAAUCCAGGCAGCUGCAGCUGCUGCAGAGGCUGGCACUGCUCAAACGCUCCUGAACGUCACCACACACACACCACACACACACACACACACACACACAGUGAGCAGGACUACAUGAAGGAGAAAGACACUAAUGUUCACUUUGAAUUGGUCACGUUGGAAAAUAGUGCGGGUGGAUUGUUUUUUUUUUUCUUUUCUAUUUUGUGGUUUGCACAUGAGCUUCUGAGUGAUUGACGAGGCCGCGAGCCAGUCAGGACAGACAGCUAGGGACUGAUCUUAUGGGGCAUCAUACGGGCAGAUUAAUAUGUCCAUUGUCACUCAAUAUAGGUUUGUCAAACUGUUAGAGUUCUCCUCGCUGAAAAACUGUUGCUUGCUACGGCAAGUGAACGCAGCUUCUAGUUGAUAAACUGCUCCGACUGUGCUGUCCUCCUGCUGCAUGGUCCGGUCAGACGUUUCCUUGAUUGUGAUGGGGCUCGGUGUGCUCGCACAGCAGAGAUGUCUCCUCUUUCUGUCUGUCAUCAGUCUCCUAAAGUGUCUCUGUAGAGUCUCCUUCAUACUGUUCUUUACAGUCCUCAGCGCGUGGCGUACAACUUUGACAUUUUGUUAACAAGUUGCGCCUCGUUUCCGCUCCAUCUUCUUUUCCGUUCUCCUCUCGUUCUCCAGAGCAUCUGACCUCUUUCCUCUUGUUCUUUUCUUCACACUUCUUUUCCCUGUCAGCAGUUGAAGUUUCGAGCUUCAUGCUCGCUGAUCUUGGGACUGCAGGGGGCUGCAGUGGGACUGUACUGAGCCACGCAACAGUGAUGUUACAACUGGAUAUAAUAAGUCCUGCACCUCUGGAACAGCUCAGCCUAAAGGGUUCAUUGGGUGUUUUUCAACCUGGGCUCUAUUUUCCUGUUUUGUGUCUAAUGAAAACAACAGGGUUUGAAAUUGGUUCAUUAUUGAGUGAGAGCGCUGCAGCCGGCAGCUGUGGGCGAUGUGCACUGUCAAUUUAUGUCCACUAGAAGUGUUUUUGAUACUGACAGGCUCAGUGUUAUUUUAAGUGUCUUGCAACAUUAUGAAAGAAUUCCUACAGAUAUAGACCUUUUGUUAAAGAGCAAGAUCCUUUUUGUUUUACCAGAAACGGCCCCAAAAUCACCAUCACCAAACCCACCAGACCCCAUUUAAAAAAACAGUAAUUUUACCAUCAUAGAACACGCUUCAUUCAAAGUCAACAGCAACAAAAUAAACUCUCAAAAGCUGUCCUGGUUCCUUUUUCCUCUGCUCCAACAAUCACCAACUCUAGUUUGGUCAGAUUAUAUCCUUAACUCACCCACUAAGACGUGAAAAUAUGCUCCCUCUGCACAUGCUAAAAUUACUGUUUUUUUGAAUGGGGUCUGGUGAGAUUGAUUUCAGGGCUGUUUCUGCAUAAACACACAGGUCUAUCUUUGUAGGGAUCCGUCCAUGAUGUUUUAAGACACUUAUAAGAACAACUUGAGCCUGUCAGUGGCAAAAGAAGCUCUUUUAAUGGACGUACACUGACUGUGCACAAAUGCCCCACGUGGUUACACUGCAGCGUGUUUCUCUGUUGCACUCUGCAGCCACUCAUCAGUACUGGACCAGUUUCAAAACUCAUCGUUCCCAUUGGAGACAUGAAUAACAGGAAAAUGGAGUCCAGGUUAAAGAAUACAGACUUUAACCCUUUCAGUCCGAACUUCUGUGCCUGCAGGUUUCCCUUCUUGCAUCGUAGACGUCUCAACAGCAGCACCGUGGGAACGACCAGUUUCCUAGCAUUAUUAUCAUUAUUUGGGGAAAAUACGUUGCCAUACAGGCGUUGUUUGAGAUUGAUCCUGUUUUCAAUCAAUAUCUGCAAAAAACACUCUGAAGAUCUUCACCAAGAUUUCACUGUAACUUUCUUAUUGUUGUGCCAUGAGAGCAGCCAAGACGUGAAUGUUGGCUUCAAAUUAUCAACCAAAAGAGAAUGGCUUCAAUUAAAUCUGUUUGUUUAACAUCAAAUACGCCAACGUCUGCUUUGAGAUGAAGCCCGACGAGUUCCAACUGUACAUUUGUUUCAUCAUGCUGUCAGAUAUAUUUGUAUUUUUGUUUUGCAUUUGAUGUAAUGCCUAUAGAAGCCUUUCAAUGUACGUAGACGAUCCUGUUGGAUGUUAUGUAUAUAGGACCCUUACUGUACAGUCCCUUCCAGAACCAAAACCAGAGCUGUCUACUAUACUCCUCCUAGUUUUUGUCGGCCCCGCGUCUUAAGGCGGGGCCGAGCUUGCCGGCUUUUCAAAGAUAACUCAAAGCUUCUAUUUUUGUUAAUAAAAUGAUGAUGAAAAAGAGUCAAAAUAAAACACUUACUGAACGUUGAUCACACUAGCCACUUUGUCACCACCUGUUUAUUUUGUUUGCAAUGCCUACAUGUUUCUGUUUCCUGUCUCUGGGGUUUCUUUUGUUUGUACAAGUCAGAGUUGACAAAAGUUUUAUACUAUAUUUUCCUACCGAGUUGUUUCAGUGUGAGCUAAUGAUUGUUUCUGUUGUUGUAGCUGGCGGGGCUCUGGUGGUGGUUAUGUGCUGAAACUUGGCGUGCACGGUCUGCUUUCUGUCUGCGGAGCGGAGAGCACCUGAACGCUCCUGGGUUCAAUCCAAUCACUGCUGUAGCACUCUCUUAAAUCUGCUGCUGGUGGGCUGGGGUGGGGGGGGGGCUUAAGAGGAUCUACCGAUUUAAACUUGUGUAGCCUGUCGUGACCUUAAUGUUACUGCGCUCUCUGCUUUUAUUCUGCAAGCCUGGUGCUCCCUAUUGUUCCCAUAAAGCCAUGCAACAGAGAACACUGUAUCCCUGGAUAUCGUACUGUAAAUGACUCGGUCACGAUGAGUAGCAUGCUCUGCUCUUACCGGCACUCAGGAAACUCCCACAUAUAGCCUGUAGCUCUUGUGAUAGAGCCAUUGGCUGUAAUAUGCUGUAACAUAACGCCAGAGCCCCAAAGACAGACAGUCAGACAGACAGACAGUCAGACAGUCAGACAGUCAGACAGUCAGAGAGCAUCAGACACUUCAGGAUCUCUCUCUCAACGCUCCCCUUCAUUCUUCUGAAUUAGCUCUCAUGUUUUUCCUGCUAAUGAUUUCAGCACAAACCACCAUUAGCCCUGAUUAUUAUUUCUCGACAGGGAGCGCCCACAGCAGUGGAUCGCCCCGUUUCUUUAUUUGUUUGACUGGUAUUGGUCACUGGUCUCUGCUGUUGGCACAGUCACGGUAGCAGUGGACGUUGCUUACUUACUUUGAGAGUUUAACUAUGGUGAUUUUUGGAGCCUUGUCUCAGCACUUUGUUUUUUCUGUACCUCAUAAGCCUCUAUGUAUGAAGAGUAAGUCAGAAAAUAAUAAAUUCAUGGUUUGACAUCAGAAA